AUGCAUGAACUGCUCUCUGUUUCGCCUGAAUCCGUUGAAGAGAUAACUGCCCGAAAGGAGACGGGGCUUCACCUCGCCGUGAAGAAAGACCAGUAUCAUGCCUUCGUUCGGUUGGUGGAGCAUCUGAAGGAGCAAAAGAAGGAGCACGUGAUCAAUUGGCAGGACGACCAAGGCAAUACGGCCUUGCAUCUUGCUGUCGCCGUAAAAAAUUCCCAGGUGGUUAACUUCAUGAGUGAAAAGCAUGCUCAAGGGGACGUGGUCGUGGCCGUGAAUGCCCAUAACAAUUGUGGCCAGACGCCUCUAGAUUUCGUGGGAAGGAAAGGAGGAAAUAGAAAACAGAUCAGAGGAAUCCUCAAUGCACUUGGAGCCAAACACGGGGAAGAGUCUAGGGCCGACAUACGCAAUGCCCUGCUGGUCGUCGCCGGGCUCAUUGCGAGCACAACCUACCAAUCUGUGCUUCAGCCGCCAAAAUUUCAAGCAUUAGUCAACACAAAUCAUACAGAAGGCUUCCCCGCAUCCUACGCAUCUUAUAUGACUGGUUUUUAUGGCAGGGACUUAGCAUACAUUGUCUUCAUGACCGGCAACACACUUGGACUCUUGGUGGCAGUCCAGAUGAUCAUUUGCCUCACCAGAGAUCUCAGCGUCAGGCUGCCGAUGCUUCUCUCUAUGACCUUAUUGGUUCAAACUUACUAUUGCCACACAUAUUACCUGCCGUUCGGGACGCAGGAAAAGGAGUUUGGUCUGAUAAAUGUGGAAUUGUUGAAUGUGCUACCGCUAAUGAUUCCAAUUCUUCUUCUACUGUUCCAGAAGCGGUUGGCGGAAGCUUUAGAAGUUUACUUGGGAAAGCUUUCUCCGUUUGACGACCUAGGGGAUAUGUGUAUAUGA